AUUGACCACUUUGGCUUUGCUGAAGACAGCACCUUCAAGCAGCGCUUCCUCGUAGCAGACCAGCACUGGAGGCAAGAUGAUGGGACAAUCCUUUUCUACACUGGCAACGAAGGGGACAUUGCCUGGUUUGCGAACAAUACGGGUCUUAUGUGGAACAUAGCUGAAGAGCUUGGUGCUAUCUUGAUAUUUGCUGAGCACAGAUACUAUGGGGAGUCUCUCCCCUUCGGAAACAAGUCGUUUGAUGAUGCCAGAUAUCUGAAUUACCUGACGUCGGAGCAAGCUCUGGCGGACUUUGCCGUCCUCGUCCAGCAUCUGAAGAAGACUAUCCCAGGAUCCCAGGAAACCCCUGUCAUUGCCAUAGGGGGGUCGUACGGAGGGAUGCUUGCUGCUUGGUUUCGAAUGAAAUACCCCCACGUAGUAGCUGG